UGUCUGCACGGGGGUUGGAAUCCUCAUUACGCGCCAAAAAAGCGCAUCAUCACAAGCAACGUCCUUGACAACCAGCUGUGCAUCAGAGUAAUGCGCUGGUGUUUAUUUUUAGUAGUUUUUCGGCUGCUGCGUGCUACUCUCGUUCAACCUUUGUUGGGUCUAUGCGUUUAAAACAUUGCCCAUCUACACCAUCUGACGAGCAAUUCACCUCAAAACCAUGAGGCUGCAAAAGGGCACUCAACAAGCCACAUAUAUGAGGAAGCACUCUGGCUGUCAGACAGUCCAGAAACAGGCCUCCAUGACCACAGAUUACCAAGAGAAGUUCCUUUCCCCGCUCUGCUACAAGGCGAUCGUCUCAGCCCCAUCACAUAAAGGCCCUUACCAUGCACUGAAAGGGACAAGUGCAGAUGUGAGAUCCUACUAUUUGGUCCAAAAAAGGAUCCCAAAGGCCCCACAGCCCGUAGGCCAUUGGAGCAGCAACCCUCCACACAUUCCUACACACUUUGACGCAAACCAAACGGCAUCCCAGUUGGAGGACAACCCAUCAGUUCACCAAAGUACACAAUUGGAUGAUGAUUUCCGAGCAUGGAAAGGAAAGAAGUGCAGCUCCCAGAAAACUUCUGUUCAAGUUGCAGCUAACUCUAAACCAGUCCCAAAGAUGCGAGAACCAAAACCUUUUGAAAACGUCACCAGCUACAGAUCGGAUUAUGUCACACAUCAAUUGCCCCCCAGGAGGCGCAGGGAGAAGCCUGUGUGUCAAACCAAAGGUCUGCCGUUACAGCCUGCUGUGGCCUUGAAGCCAAAGGUGGCUGGGAACACAAACCAAGAACUUUUUGACGAAGCCAGUGCAUUCUUUCAGCAAUUCAAGACCUGGUCCCUUGCAAACCAGUUCCACAGCUAAGGCAAAAAGUCUGAGAUUAAAUAAAUAAAAAAAGCUCUG